AUUAAACCUUCACCGCAACACUCUUUUUCCAUCGUAGAUCGUCAAGACUUAUAGGAGGCUCUAGUCUGGGCAUUUACAGGCUUUGGACAGCGCUGCACACCAUGGGUGUCUCAUACCUGGCACCAUAGUUAUAUGCAGGGUCAGCGGUAGUACGCCUUCAACCACGCUUCGGACUCCGAGACUAAUCACGGCACGUCGAUGGUAUGCCGCAGACACGGUUUUAUUUUAGGAGUCAGCCUGUCUCAGUAUGAUCUGCUUGCAACCACGUCUGUUGUACACCAAUUUACAGUGUUGAACCCGAUCCAUCACUUUCUGAGGCCAUCACUCACAGCACACAAUCUAUUGGUCGCGGCCAUUUCCAGAGUGAAAGGCGACAGAUAAGCCACAACAUGCCUUCAACCUACUCACAACCAGUCUCAAAGAUUCCUCCGACGAAGCCCGAUACAAGGACUCUCCCUCGAAUUCUCUGCCUACACGGCGGCGGCGUCAAUGCCGCUAUCUUCAAAGCGCAAUCCCGAUCCCUCAUACGCCAUCUUCAACACUCCUUUCGCCUCGUAUGGGCUGACGGCCCCUUCUUCUGCGAUCCCCACUCAGACAUUAUUGGCGUAUACAGUGACUACGCACCUUUUCGGCGCUGGCUACGAUGGCUUCCUGAACACCCUGAAAUCGAUGAAGAUACUUGUAUAGAAGAAAUUGGAUAUGCGAUGCGAACAGCAAUGGAAGACGAUGACCGAGAAGGCGGCACAGGCGAGUGGGUAGGCUUGAUGGGUUUCAGUCAGGGGGCGAAGCUAUCCGCAAGCCUACUGCUCGAACAGCAAGCCAGAGAAACCCAAGCCCGCAAAGAAGGAACAAAGAUUGCUACUGGUCUGACAGGAAUUCCAGGCAUAAGGUGGAGAUUCGGAAUAUUACUAGCCGGUCGGGCGCCCUUGAGCAAUCUAAACCCCGAGCUGAUGAAGAGCGACGCACUUGUGAGUGCGGGUAACAUCUCUGAAGGUUUCCAGUUCUGUAAAGAGGUGGACGAGGAAGCCACGCUGCACAAACCAACGCUCCAUGUCCAUGGCAUGGCAGACCCGGGACUACAUCUCCAUCGAAAACUGUUACACGAAUAUUGCGAGGACUGCACGGUAACAUUGGUUGAAUGGGAGGGCGCGCACCGGAUACCACUCAAGAGUAUGGACGUGGACCGAGUGGUUGACGCGAUAUACGACAUGGCUGAGAUGACUGGGGUGAAGGUUUUGAGGACUGUUUGAAUUCACGAGAUGGCCACUUCUGGGGCAUCGCUGUUACUACGCUCAGUCGAUGCCACCAAACGCGAUCUUUGAACAACCAUUUCUUCCGUAUGGCCUAUGUAUACGCAAGGAUUGUGGGCGGUAGAUAUGUGAAGAUCACCAAUAACAAUAUUUUGACAAUGU